AUGGGUAAGGCUUAUGUACAGUCACCAUUCUAACCACCUGAGCUAUCAGGCCCCAUCGAGAACCGUGAGUUAGAUCGAAUUUGGGUCAAGUUGUCCGAUCGCCAGGACCUGGCGGUCGAGGCAAUCGAGCUGCUUCCACAAAACAAAUACGAUGAAACGGUGAAUCGUCUUGUACACGCCCAACUCCCUCAGCUCCUGAAGUUCUGUCCCAAGACGUAUUUCACGUUCGACGGGACUAUCUACGAACAGGUGAAGGGCACACCAAUGGGUUCGCCGAUUUCGGGAUUCAUCGGCGAGGCGGUCCUGCAACGGAUAAAUUCGCUGGUCUUCCAAAACCCCAGACCGAAAUUCUGGGCCCGGUGUGUGGAUGACACCUUCGUCGUUAUCGACCGGUAUCAGCUGCUGACAUUCAAGGAACAUCUGAAUGCGGUCUUCUCGGACAUACAAUUUAAGAUGGAGGAAGAGAACAACCAGCUGGCCUUCCUGGAUGUCGUCAUAUGCCGCAAAGAUUGUGGUGGACUAAAGACCAACGUGUUCAGGAAAGCGACAUAUACGAUGCAAGUACUGAAGUUCAACAGCAACCACCCAAUCAGCCACAAACGCAGUUGUGUGAGGACGCUCUACCGGCGUGUCGAUACGCACCGCAAUGAGCUGGAAGACAGGAUUGCCGAACUGCAAUACUUCCGACGGAUCUUCAAAGCCAAUGGCUACCCGCGCAACUUCGUCAACCGGUGCAUAGGCAAAAGGGACGAAAGACCUAACCGCACGGAAACCAAAUUUUGGCGAGCGCUUCCGUAUGUCAAGAACGUUUCGGAAGCUGUCGGCCGCCUUCUCGCACCAUUUGGAUUUGGAGUUGCACACAGACCGGAGGCAACCAUCAGGCGUCAGGUAAUGAAACCGAAAGACCCGAUGCCACGGCUAGAAACGUCUGGAGUCGUUUAUCGGAUCUGGUGCAGUUGCGGACAAAGCAACUACGUCGGAGAAACCGGAAGACUGCUCCGAACGCGAGUGGCCGAACGCGCUGCAGCGGUGCGGAGAAAUGACGCCAGCUCUCAAAUUGCAGCUCAUUCGACGAGAUCCGGCCACACAUUUAACUUUGACGAGGCCGAAAUUCUCGCAAGAGGCGACAACCGCGUGAGUCGGAAGCUGCUUGAGUCAUGGUUUACUGGUCCCCAGUCCAUUAACAAGUGCAAUGAUCUUCCCCUUCCAUACUCAGUGCUGAGACCUCGCCUAGGCGGAGUACUUGGCCACGCCGGAAGCGCACAGGUGAACACUUUUCCCAACGCCAGGGUCGGUGCUUCAGAUGGUCGAGCAAUCAUCACACCAACACCCAACGCACGUGAUAAAAUAGCGGCAAUUAACGACGCGAAUGUCGGCCAUCACACCAAAUGCAGCGAUCCCUGA